UCCUGCUCCUCUUCCUGGGGGCAAAGGCCGUCAGGCAGUGUGCGUCUAAAGAAACGUGCGGACUUCAGCCAUGGCCGGGGCUGGAUUUGAGUCGCUGGAGCGGUGCUUGGAGAAGCAUCUGCCACUCGCAGACCUGCAGGAGGUCAAACGCAUUCUCUAUGGCAAAGAGACCAGGAAGCUCGACCUGCCCAGCAGGGCUUUUGAGGCCGCCUCCAAAGGGGACUUUGAGCUGCAGGGCUAUGCCUUUCAGGCUGUGACGGAGCAGCAGAGGAGGCCCCGGACCGUGCGCAUGGGGCUCGUUCAGAACAGAACCCCCCUCCCCGCGGACACCCCUGUGGUGAAACAGGUCACUGCCCUGCACAGACGCAUCGAGGCCAUCGUAGAGGUGGCUGCCAUGUGUGGAGUCAACAUCAUCUGUUUCCAGGAAGCAUGGACUAUGCCCUUUGCUUUCUGUACGAGAGAGAAGCUUCCAUGGACGGAAUUUGCCGAGUCAGCAGAGGACGGGCCCACCACCAAGUUCUGUCAAGAGCUGGCGAGGAAGCAUGACAUGGUGGUGGUGUCCCCCAUCCUGGAGCGAGACACGGAACAUGGGGACAUCUUGUGGAACACAGCUGUGGUGAUCUCCAACUCUGGAGCCGUCCUGGGCAAGACGAGGAAAAACCACAUCCCCAGAGUGGGCGACUUCAAUGAGUCCACAUACUACAUGGAGGGAAACCUGGGCCACCCCGUGUUCCAGACUCAGUUCGGGAGGAUCGCCGUGAACAUUUGCUACGGGCGGCACCACCCCCUCAACUGGCUAAUGUAUAGCAUCAACGGUGCUGAGGUCAUCUUCAACCCCUCGGCCACCAUCGGAGCACUCAGUGAGUCCCUGUGGCCAAUCGAGGCCAGAAACGCAGCCAUCGCCAAUCACUGCUUCACCUGCGCCAUCAACCGGGUAGGCGAGGAGUUCUUUCCGAACGAGUUCACCUCUGGGGAUGGCAAGAAAGCUCACCGGGACUUCGGCUACUUUUAUGGCUCAAGCUACGUGGCGGCCCCUGAUGGUAGCCGCACCCCCGGGCUCUCCCGCAACCGGGAUGGGCUGCUGGUCACCGAGCUCGACCUCAACCUCUGCCGGCAGGUGAAUGACAUCUGGGGCUUCAAGAUGACAGGCAGAUACGAGAUGUAUGCACGGGAGCUUGCCGAAGCUGUCCAGCCCAGCUACAGCCCCAAGAUUGUGAAAGAGUAGCAGCCUUCAGCCGCUGCCCGCCAAGGAGGGCACCUCUGCCCACAGCAGAUCAGCCAGGGCUCCAGGCUCUAGUGUCCAAAUUCUCCCUGCUUGAUGCCCUGAUAGCACUGCUACCCAGAUUGGUUUUAAAGUGCCUGGGUGGGGAGGGUCGAAUGAGUACCAGGUUUCCUUCUGUGGUGAUGAAAAUGUUUGGGGACUGAAUAGAGGUGAUGGCUAUACAACAUUGUGAAUGUACCAAAUCCACUGAAUUGUUCACUUUGAAAUGAUUAAACUUUGUUAAGUGAAUUUUAGAAAUUCAAUUAAAGACAAUCCCAGGGACUUCCGUGGUGGUCCUGUGGCUAAGACUCCCAAUGCAGGGGGCCCGGGUUCAAUCCCUGGUCGGGGAACUAGAUCCCACAUGCAUGCUGCAACUAAGAGGCCCGCGUGCCGCAACUAAAACGAUCCCGUGUGCCACAACGAAGACCCGGCACAGCCAAAAAUAAAUAAGUAAAUAAAUAAAUAUUAAAAAAAAAAAUAAAGACAUUCCCAGGCACCCAUUGUGCAAGUUGGUUUGAAGUUACAUAGGUGGGAGGCCCCAGUCCUGAGUUUCUCCGCUUCUCAGUUUAGACUGGCAGCAAUUCGAGGGUCAGCGUGGGAGUGUAUGCGCUAGAGGGAGGUGAGGCUGACCAGAGUCACUGAGACACCUGGUGGCUGCAGGCAGGGGGAAAGUCAUUGGAAGAGUCAUCUUGGCUAUAGUCUCCACUUAUUCAAUCAGACGCUAAUCUGGGUGUUGCUGUGAAGGUAUUUAGUCAAUGUGAUUAAAUCCCAUAGCCAGUUAACCAAGCAAGUGAGAUUAUCCUAGAUAAUCUGGGUAGGCCUGAUUUAAUCCGUCAGAAGGCCCUGAGAGCAGGGCUGAGGUUCCUGGAUGAGGAAGGGAUUCACGUGUGUACAGCAGCCUCAGCCCAGGCCCGAGCAUUCCAGUCUGCCCUUCCUGACAGCCUGCUCUCCAGAUUUCAGGCUUGUCCAUCCAGAUCCCACAGUCACUGAAAUCAAUUCCUUGCAAUGAAUUCCUUAAUAUGUAUCCUACCAUUUCUGCUUCUUUUUUUUCUUUUUCUUUUUUUUUUUUUGGCCAUGCCUCACGGCUUGCGGGAUCUUAGUUCCCUGACCAGGGACUGAACCCGCGCCCUCGGCAGUGAAAGCUCAGAGUCCUAACCACUGGACCACCAGGGAAUUCCCCUGUUUCUCUUUCUUUGGUGGACCCCGACUGAUGUAGGUUCUGGUAUUGGAACUCUUUCUAGAGGAACAGAAUCUCAAGGAUGAGUCUUCUGUGUUGGUUCUAGGAUUCCUGGAAUUCUUCUCUAAUUUGAUUGGAUUUAAAGGCACUGAUGAGCUGUGAGCUGGACCUGGGCAAUUGGAGGCUCUUACCCUCUUCCGUGUCCUUGGAAUGUCCAUUCUGCCCACUGUUCCUACAUUAGGAGCAACAUUGGUGAUGCAGCCUUGAGAGAGUGGUGUGUUAUUGAGGCCAUCUGGACUGUAUUAGCGACUGAACCCCAUUAAGGCAACUGUGUAAACUCUUAAGAUUCUGACAGGCAGGUGGCAGAGAUCUACUCAUCUUGCAGUCGCCCAAGACAAGCUUCCUAUGUAAGUCCUUUUAUUAAAACUGCCA